CUUCUUCGACGAUCCGUAUUUGGUCAACGCUACUUCCGUUUAGCGGCGUUGUGUUGUUGUCAUGGCGGCGGUUCAAACUGUGGACGAGCUGGGAUCGAUAUUUAAAAUGUUAACAAUGAGCUAAUUAAAGUUAAAUUAAACACCAGUAUACACCAGUAUAAUUCAGAUACAAACUUAAAAAAAAAAGUUAAAAAAAUGGUCGAAUGGAUGAUUUUGGGAUUGACUUGAUGUUAGCACACUUCAAUUCAAAAGCGCAGCUAGGUGGCUAAUGCUGACUCUCACUAUUGAGCAAAUUAUUAGUCAGUUAUUAGUCAGUUAUUAGUUAGUUGUUAAGUUAGUUUGACCGAGCUUGUGUUCGCUGCAAUGACUGCGCAGUUCGUGCAGAGUGGGCCCGCACUUUCCGCAGGACAGCAGACACGGAGAAGAGACUGGGUUGUUUUAGGUUCAACCCGAAACCUUCACAACGAGAUGGCCCAAACCAAGCUGUUGUUCAACGAAGCCAUCCCUGCACAUGCCAGCAACCGAGCCACGCGUGUGCGCCCGCCAGCCCCCAUUGUGAUCGAGAGGCUGCUGCCGCUGUACGAGGGGCGUGAGGAUGGGGACAGCGGCAGGAGCUCCGUCAGCUUCACCACUCUCUCUGAGGAGAGACUGCAGGCUGCGGUUCAGCUGGCCAAGCGAGAUCUGAGACGAAGGCGCCUCGAGUCGCUGACAAAAUCCCCCGCCAGACCCUCUCAGGACGCCUCCCUCCUCGAAAUAAGUGACGUAGAGCUGCUCCAGGAGCUCGCAGCCACUCCGAAUAAGACCAAGUUAAAAGCCUCCAGUCCAAAAGGUAAAGGGGCCAAACUGUCGGUGCACACAUCCAGGAAGCAUCCCAUUUCUUUCAUGCCCCGGAGUAGCCGAUCCCCCCCGACCAGAGACCCUGGCCCAAAGCAGGUGGAAGGAGGCAAACGGGCUCCUUUAAGCCAAGAGAUCCACAAGCUGCAAAAUGAGCUGGAAGUGUAUAUUCAGAAAGUAGAAGAACUAGUUAAGAGAGGAGAGAAAGUCGAGGAGCCACUGGAGCCCGAAGAGCAAAACAAGUUGGAGAUACGCAGACAGAAGCAGGCAGCCCGCUCAGCACGUAUAAUCUACGCUCUCCAACGACAGGUAAAAGAGAUACAAGAAGAUGUAGAGAAACUACGAAGCCAAAAAAUGUGGGACACAAAAAAGUCCAUGGCAAUAAACAGGCUUGCGGCGGCCCACCGCGGGGCACUCCGGGCUUUACAGGUUGUUAUCCACCAGCUGUCAGAUCUAUCUAAUGUCAAGGUACCCCCUUAUCACAAAGAGCUGGGCCAGCUGAUUCGCCAGCUCUCUUUGUGCUCAGCGAAGGUCGAAGUAGAACAGGGUUCAGCUGUGCCUGAGACGGCCCUCGACAUCCUGCAGAAACUCGAGACUUUGGAUUCUGCCCUCAGUAAACAAGAGAUGCUCGAAAAGAUGCAGGCCCAAGCAUGUCCUCCUCACAGGAAGCCUCCUCAUCGCAGCAUGUCACCCACUAGCGUACCCAAGGGUCCCAGCACCUCAUCUGUUCGAGGACCUCGCAGGCCAGCAAAUCCCAAAAGAGGUGUCCGUGGUAGGAGAAUGGCCUCACAGAAGCCCCAAACUACUUCUCACCAGCCCUUAAACAGAAGAGAGGUGCUCAGGGCUGGCCUGGAGAGCCUUGCCCAACAGAGGGAGCUGAGAGAGCUGCAGGGACGAGCUCAGACAAACACCACCAGCAGAAGAGGAGGAGGGGCUCUGCGGUCUGAGAGAAGCAGGGCUGACAUUAUAAUGAAGCGUAAUCAGAUACAAGACGCAGGUUUCCGGCAGCCGACAGUCUCCUCUCAGCUCAGAGUGAACCAGAUGCCUCAAAAAGAGCACUCUGUGCCCUGGAUACCUACAUCUCCUCACUCUCCUCCUCCACAGCGAUCCCCUCAAAGGAGAAGACCAGAGCCACGAUGCCUCUUCUCACCACUGAGGCGCUCACCCAGCCCUUCAAAGCAGAAGGUGGCUGGGGGUUUGGGAGCAGAGCAGCCGGCUUUGAACUCAGAAAAGAAGAAACAAGCUCAGAAUGAAGCAUUAAGGAAUGCCUGGCUGGAUAAGAUGACAAUGCAGAGAAUGAAAGAGCUCAACCAGUUGAGCAAAGAAGAGGUUGAACGCAUUCAGACAUUAAGGUCUGAAGUUGUCUCGCCAACUCAGUGGGCUGAGAGAGCUGAGCAGAAGGCCAGAGAGAGAAUUCAGCCUCUUCUGGAUGAAGCCGAGCAGAUUGGUGAGUCCAGGAACAGGAUUAUCUCUUCUUUGAGGAAUCGGCUGUCUGAGCAGGCUGCAGAGAGGGCAGCAGAGAGUGCUGAGCAGCUGAGUGAGUCCCUGCUGGAGGAUCUGUUGGAGGACACUGCACGGGCGGCGUGGGCGGCUGAGACAGACAGACAGUUGGAGGGCAUGGCUGAGUCUAGGCUGCAGGCCCCCACCCUGGAGAGUAUGCUGCUUCGUAUGGAGGAGAUACAGAAAGAUCAGGAGGAAGUGAGGAGACGGUUUGCUUCUAUCACCUAUUCAGACCCUCUUUACUGGGACCGACCAGGAGCAGCAGGACCCCAGUGCCAUACUCUGGGCUCCAGGCCAGCCUCUCUUCAGCCAAUUAGGCUCACUAGGCCAGUGCUAAGGCAGAGCUGUGCAGCUGAUAUUGUCCUAGAGAAACCCGUGGAGACUGGACCCAGCAUCCUCUCUGAGAACAGCCUGAUGGAGGAAGCAUCCCAAGAUGAACAGCAGCUGAGACCCACCACCGUGUUCCCAGGCCCAGUAGAGCAAAGCAGGGGGACCGCUAUCUCCGUGCCAGGCAGCAUGCUGAGAAACAUCCGUCGGUACCGGGAAGAUUACGAGACCUACCUGCGCGCUGUGGCUCACGAGGCUGUCGGCAGCUUCAACCCCUGGGCCAUCGCAGACAGCCUGGCAGAGGAGUUGCUGUCGGAGGCUCUGGCUGACGUGGCUGCAGAGUUUCAGGACGUUGUGGAGGAAUACGCCGAGGCUGUCUUCACCUCCGAGUUUCUUCAGCCAAUCCAGUCACCUCCCGCUUCAGCUGCGGCUUUGGUCAGCCAAUAGCAUUUUACAGCACCGUGGAUGCAGGAGUUUCUUACAAAUUGCUAUACUGUGUAUUUAUUUUGGCAGAAAAUCUGCAUUUUUUUGGCAGAUUAAAAUAUAAAGAAUUUAGGAUCAUUGUGUCGACCAAGGACUGAGAUUAUCUGCUAUUUUGUGUAGUUUCAUGUGUGUACUUUUUUUUUAGUGUACAAAGAUCUGUACAUUAAGAGAUGUUUAUAGAUCACUACUUUGAUGUGACAACAUAUGACUUUAUUUAAUUAUGAUUGUAGAUAUUUUUUUAAUGAAGCUGCAGAGAUUGUUGAAUUGCACAGGGAGCAUUAGUCACAUUACUUUUUGUGGUCCAUCUGUAUCUAUGACUGAAUUCUACUGGGAAAGUUAGUUUAGUUUAGAUAAGCUUGGAGAGACCAUUACGACAUUACAGAGGAUUAUAAGAUUACCACCCUCCCUUUGCACUUGGUUUAAACCUCCCUGAGGAUUACUCACACUUUCUAUUUUCAUGUUGGAAUAUGGAAAUAAAUUAAUUACAUACGGUCUCCACCAAAAUGAUGCAGGACGCCAAGGGCAUCGUGUGUUUAAUCUAUUGUAACUCGAUUUCCUCUUCUGCUUUAAUGUCAAAAUAAAGGGUCUAAAGGCAGCAAAAGGCUUUUUUUUCACCUCACUGGUUGAUGUGUUAUCGCAGUAGCGUGCCAGCCACAGGAGAAGAAAGAGUCAAAAAGUCUUCUUUUUAGAAUUUUAAAUGUGUUUAGAACCACUUUAUAAGUAUAUUUUCUUUCUUUUUGUUUAUUUUUCCACAGAGCCAAAUAAAAUAUGAUUACUAGUUUAAAUUCUGUUGCUACAGACCAACUGUAUCCUGCAUAAUAAUGGUGUAAAGUGUCAAUUCUGAAUGCAAAAUAAGCAGGACGGACUUGACAGACCAAAAAAACUGUCUGAGUCCCUUGAGAACAACAUGAAAGCCAUGCAGACACAGCAGAGGGGACACAUCCAGAUGUUGCGCUGGCCUGUGGGGACCAGCCUUUGACAGGGGACAUACAGUGACUGAAUGAAUUAGCUCACGUUGAAUCAGCUGCCCCUAUUUUCUCUCAGGCUGGAUUCUGCGUGGGCGUCUGAAUACGUGCAGGAUUUCACAGGCUCGAGCUUGGUGCACAUUUCUUCUUUUCAACCGAGGACAAACAGAGAUGGGUGGGCUCAAAGCGAACGGACUGACAUAAAGAGCUGAGGUUGUACUGACACUGGGGAACGGGAGAGGGGAAACACAUUAAAUGAUUC